CAGAGGCGGGGCCAGGAGAGAAAGCUUUGUGGUUUGGUCUCAGGAAAGUAGCAGGCGCCGCUGGAGAGAACUGCGGCCCUGUCGGAAGGUAACCUCCGGUGCAAACGACCAUCGGCGGCAGGCGAGCGACUUACCUCAACACUUCACUCCAUGGCAGUUCCUGAGACCCGCCCUAACCACACUAUUUAUAUCAACAACCUCAAUGAGAAGAUCAAGAAGGAUGAGCUAAAAAAGUCCCUGUACGCCAUCUUCUCCCAGUUUGGCCAGAUCCUGGAUAUCCUGGUAUCACGGAGCCUGAAGAUGAGGGGCCAGGCCUUUGUCAUCUUCAAGGAGGUCAGCAGCGCCACCAACGCCCUGCGCUCCAUGCAGGGUUUCCCCUUCUAUGACAAGCCUAUGCGUAUCCAGUAUGCCAAGACCGACUCAGAUAUCAUUGCCAAGAUGAAAGGCACCUUCGUGGAGCGGGACCGCAAGCGGGAGAAGAGGAAGCCCAAGAGCCAGGAGACCCCGGCCACCAAGAAGGCUGUGCAAGGCGGGGGAGCCGCCCCCGUGGUGGGGGCCGUCCAGGGGCCUGUCCCGGGCAUGCCGCCGAUGACUCAGGCACCCCGCAUUAUGCACCACAUGCCGGGCCAGCCGCCCUACAUGCCACCCCCUGGCAUGAUCCCCCCGCCAGGCCUUGCACCUGGCCAGAUCCCACCAGGGGCCAUGCCCCCGCAACAGCUUAUGCCAGGACAGAUGCCCCCUGCCCAGCCUCUUUCUGAGAAUCCACCGAAUCACAUCUUGUUCCUCACCAACCUGCCAGAGGAGACCAACGAGCUCAUGCUGUCCAUGCUUUUCAAUCAGUUCCCUGGCUUCAAGGAGGUCCGUCUGGUCCCCGGGCGGCAUGACAUCGCCUUCGUGGAGUUUGACAAUGAGGUACAGGCAGGGGCAGCUCGCGAUGCCCUGCAGGGCUUUAAGAUCACGCAGAACAACGCCAUGAAGAUCUCCUUUGCCAAGAAGUAGCAUCUUUUCCCCCCAUGCCUGCCCCCUCCCCCGUUCUGGGGCCACCCCUUUCCCCCUUGGCUCAGCCCCCUGAAGGUAAGUCCCCCCUUGGGGGCCUUCUUGGAGCCGUGUGUGAGUGAGUGGUCGCCACACAGCAUUGUACCCAGAGUCUGUCCCCAGACAUUGCACCUGGCGCUGUUAGGCCGGAAUUAAAGUGGUUUUUUGAGGUUUGGUUUUUCACAA